UCGGCCACCCACGCAUCAUCCAACUAAGGGUCUAUCAGACGGAAGAGAAGUUGGGAUGGAAAGAGACAGUCUCAAUCGGUUACGGUUAAACUAUCUCGACUUUUGCAUAUUUUACAAAAACACUUGGCCACAGGAACACAUUGCUAGGGGCUCUCCGGGAAAGGGGGGAGUCUGUGGAUUCAGGGGUCCCGAAGCUUCAUCAGUUGCACAGCAAAUGCGUCCCCAGCCCCUCCCACGAGCAGCUGAGAUAUGGAGGCGUGGGUCCACUGACUUCACCUAUGACCUAUGACCUGUCCCAAAGGCAGCAGGCCUGGAAGCACCAGCCAGAGUCCCAGCUCUGCCCCUGGGACUCCCCGGGCCUCAAGAGCCUCUGCCAAGCAGGGAUGAGGACAUGCCCCCACCUCAGGGUCAACAAGAGAUUUGUGGGUCAAUCAGAGUACUGUGCAAAUUCAGCUGCUGUCCUCUGGCCAGAGUCACAGCAAGUCCUUCCUGGGUCCAGAAGGUGGUCCCACAGGACGGGGCUGCCUCUUUAAAGCAGAGGGGUGCACUGCAGCCCUGAGGGAACCAGCUGCAGUCACGGUAAUCUUGGGAGGCAGCUCCCCGCCCCCUGCCACCCCCUCCCUGCUGUCAGGAGAGGAUUAGAGGAGAGGCCAGCAGAUUAAAGGGGUUCAUGUUGCCACAGCCUCUCCCCCAGUCCCUGUCUCCGAGGCCUGCUUGCUAGGUGGGGCGACUCUUCUGUGAGCUGCAGCUGUGGAGCAGAGAGAAGCCCUCCCCACCCAGGACUGAGAGGCUGGAGACCCUGGGCUCGCCAGGGCCCAGAAGACAAAGCCUUGGGGCGUCCCUGGGGUCUGGGAGGCAGGCAGACAGAGCUCAUGGUCUGUGGCUGCUCUGCCCUCCUUCCUCUCCCCAACCCCAGGCCCACCAUGCCUGCAACCCCCAACUUCCACGCAAAUCCCAGCUCCACCAGCCGCUGGAUUCCCCGCCAGCCAAUGCCCGUGGCCUGGACCUCUGUGCAGAAGACCUCGGCCCUCCUGUGGCUGCUGCUCCUAGGCACCUCCCUGUCCCCUACAAGGGGGCAGGCCAAGAUUCCUCUGGAAACAGUGAAGCUAUGGGCUGACACAUUCGGCGGGGACCUGUAUAACACUGUGACCAAAUACUCGGGCUCCCUCUUGCUGCAGAAGAAGUACAAGGAUGUGGAGUCCAGUCUGAAGAUCGAGGAGGUGGAUGGCUUGGAGCUGGUGAGGAAGUUCUCAGAGGACAUGGAGAACAUGCUGCGGAGGAAAGUCGAGGCCGUCCAGAAUCUGGUGGAGGCUGCUGAGGAGGCCGACCUGAACCACGAAUUCAAUGAAUCCCUGGUGUUCGACUAUUACAACUCGGUCCUGAUCAACGAGAGGGACGAGAAGGGCAACUUUGUGGAGCUGGGCGCCGAGUUCCUCCUGGAAUCCAAUGCGCACUUCAGCAACCUGCCGGUGAACACCUCCAUCAGCAGCGUGCAGCUGCCCACCAACGUGUACAACAAAGACCCAGAUAUUUUAAAUGGAGUCUACAUGUCUGAAGCCUUGAAUGCUGUCUUUGUGGAGAACUUCCAGAGAGACCCAACGUUGACCUGGCAAUAUUUUGGCAGUGCAACUGGAUUCUUCAGGAUCUAUCCAGGUAUAAAAUGGACACCUGAUGAGAAUGGAGUCAUUACUUUUGACUGCCGAAACCGCGGCUGGUACAUUCAAGCUGCUACUUCUCCCAAGGACAUAGUGAUUUUGGUGGACGUGAGCGGCAGUAUGAAGGGGCUGAGGAUGACUAUUGCCAAGCACACCAUCACCACCAUCUUGGACACCCUGGGGGAGAAUGACUUCGUUAAUAUCAUUGCGUACAAUGACUACGUCCAUUACAUCGAGCCUUGUUUUAAAGGGAUCCUCGUCCAGGCGGACCGAGACAAUCGAGAGCAUUUCAAACUGCUGGUGGAGGAGUUGAUGGUCAAAGGUGUGGGGGUCGUGGACCAAGCCCUGAGAGAAGCCUUCCAGAUCCUGAAGCAGUUCCAAGAGGCCAAGCAAGGAAGCCUCUGCAACCAGGCCAUCAUGCUCAUCAGCGACGGCGCCGUGGAGGACUAUGAGCCGGUGUUUGAGAAGUAUAACUGGCCAGACUGUAAGGUCCGAGUUUUCACUUACCUCAUUGGGAGAGAAGUGUCUUUUGCUGACCGCAUGAAGUGGAUUGCAUGCAACAACAAAGGCUACUACACGCAGAUCUCAACCCUGGCGGACACCCAGGAGAACGUGAUGGAAUACCUGCACGUGCUCAGCCGCCCCAUGGUCAUCAACCACGACCAUGACAUCAUCUGGACAGAGGCCUACAUGGACAGCAAGCUCCUCAGCUCACAGGCUCAGAGUGUGAUGCUACUCACCACUGUGGCCAUGCCAGUCUUCAGCAAGAAGAACGAAACGCGAUCCCAUGGCAUUCUCCUGGGUGUGGUGGGCUCAGAUGUGGCCCUGAGAGAGCUGAUGAAGCUGGCACCCCGGUACAAGCUUGGAGUGCACGGAUACGCCUUUCUGAACACCAACAAUGGCUACAUCCUCUCCCAUCCCGACCUCCGGCCCCUGUACAGAGAGGGGAAGAAACUAAAACCCAAACCUAACUACAACAGUGUGGAUCUCUCGGAAGUGGAAUGGGAAGACCAGGCUGAAUCUCUGAGAACAGCCAUGAUCAAUAGGGAAACAGGUACUCUCUCGAUGGAUGUGAAGGUUCCGAUGGAUAAAGGGAAGCGAGUUCUUUUCCUGACCAAUGACUACUUCUUCACGGACAUCAGCGACACUCCUUUCAGUUUGGGGGUGGUGCUGUCCCGGGGCCACGGAGAAUACAUCCUUCUGGGGAACACGUCUGUGGAAGAAGGCCUUCACGACUUGCUUCACCCAGACCUGGCCCUGGCCAGUGACUGGAUCUACUGCAUCACAGAUAUUGACCCAGACCACCGGAAGCUCAGCCAGCUAGAGGCCAUGAUCCGCUUCCUCACCAGGAAGGACCCAGACCUGGAGUGUGACGAGGAGCUGGUCCGGGAGGUGCUGUUUGACGCGGUGGUGACAGCCCCCAUGGAAGCCUACUGGACAGCACUGGCCCUCAACAUCUCCAAAGAGUCUGAGCAGGUGGUGGACAUGGCCUUCCUGGGCACCCGGGCUGGCCUCCUGAGAAGCAGCUUGUUCGUGGGCUCCGAGAAGGUCUCCGACAGGAAGUUCCUGACGCCUGAAGACGAGGCCAGCGUGUUCACCCUAGACCGCUUCCCGCUGUGGUACCGCCAGGCCUCAGAGCAUCCUGCUGGCAGCUUCGUCUUCAACCUCCGCUGGGCAGAAGGACCAGAAAGUGCGGGGGAGCCCAUGGUGGUGACGGCAAGCACAGCUGUGGCGGUGACGGUGGACAAGAAGACAGCCAUCGCUGCAGCCGUGGGCGUCCAAAUGAAGCUGGAAUUCCUCCAGCGCAAAUUCUGGGCGGCAACGCGGCAGUGCAGCACCGUGGACGGGCCGUGCACACAGAGCUGCGAGGACAGUGAUCUGGACUGCUUCGUCAUUGACAACAACGGGUUCAUUCUGAUCUCCAAGAGGUCCCAAGAGCCAGGAAUCAAACUGAGAAAGAAGUCCAUUCAAACCUGAAGCAAAUCCAGAUAUAUUCACCAGAUGUAUUUCCUUGAAGCAAGGCAGAAGCAUCAGAACAGCCUCCUGCCUGAGCCUCGGGGAAAGAGGCAUAGUAUUUGGUUCUGUGUGAGCUUUGCUACUAAUUAGAAACGUGAUGUGGGCAAGCGGCUUCCAUUAGCUGUGUCUCGCGGGGGGCUGGACUACACAGCGUCUGAGCCAGCCCCAGCUGAAGGCCCUAAGUGCCUGGGAUGUGGAGGCUGAUGCGGAGGUCGUGGCCAAGGCCGCCUCCACGCAUCGUAGGGCUGUGGUCUGGCCUGAACGGGAUGUGGCUUCGGAUCCAAAGAAGUCGGAACAGGGCGGGAACGGGAGCAGGGGUGUCGGAAGGAGACUUGGGAAAGAAGGCAAGUGAGGACAAAGGGGCACUAGCGGGUCAUGAAAUCUAACUCCUUGGGGUAGCGUUUAAAUGACCCACUUAAUGAGCAGCAGGUCUCAGCCACCAGAGCAGAGAAGCCAAAGAUGGUUUCGUUCUACUUCCUGUUGGUGGGACUAGGGAGGGGGCUUUGCAGGACACACAGCUAAUUGUGCCUCACGGUCACCUGGGUGCCUGCCUCUGGUACCCACCCCCCUUCUCCCUUUCAUGACCCCUUUCGGCCAUUUCACUCCUCCCCAGACAGAGCGCUGGGCCUUUGUAUUUUUCCAUUGCUCUGGGAGAAAACCGGUGAUGACGAGAGUUGAAACCAGUGGUUGGUGUGAGGCUCUGGGAUCACCUGAUGCCCCCUCAUUCGUGCUCCAACCCCUCUCGCCCUGGGUGACUGAGACUGACCAUGUCCCCAGGCCUCCCGUGGUGCUGGCUUUCAAGGGCCGGAGCAUGGGCUAAGGCAUCCUAGAGAGAGCUUGCAUCCUGGACACUGGGAUGGGAGGUGGCAGGACAGAGGGAGAGGAUGGCCAAGCCUGAGAGCAAGCUCUAGAGCAGGGGUAGGCGAGCGUUUCCUAAAGGGGCAGAUGCACAUGUUGGUUUUGAGCUUCAUGAGACUCAGCCCUGCUGUUGCAGCAAGAAAGCAGCCAUGGGCUAUCUGCAAGCAAAUGCACGUGGCAUUGCUCCAGUAAAACCUUUGAAUACUGAAAUGUGAAUUUCAUAUAAAUUUCAUGUGUCAUGAGAUGUUAUCCAUCUUUUGACUUUUUUCCCCAACCACUUGAACAUGGAAAAGCCAGUCUUAGAUCAAGGGCUCACAUGAAUCAACAGUGAGCCAGGCUUGGUCUAGGGGCUGUAGUUGCCAGCCCCUGCUCCAGAGGCAGCCGGACAACCGUGCGGGGAGCUGGCCCUGGAGGGAAAUCACCCCAGCCUUGAGACGCUGGUGAGCACGUGGCAUCUCGAGAUAGGAACCCCUCGGGGGACCCUCUCAUAACCCACUGGGCCACUUUGGUCCUAUUCUGUCCGGACCACAUUUGCUCACAUGUCUUCACAGAUUGUAAAAUCACUGAGAACAUGUUUGGAUUAGAUGUGGUAGCAAUCAGUUACUCAGAGAUUUGUAUUUUAUAAUGUAUUUGUUUACUUAACUCAUUCACCCCCAUUUUCUUAAUGAUUCUAUUACCUUUU